AUGCCCCGGCCCCCGCAGGUGGUGGGGCGCCCGCCCUUCACCGGCGCCAACCAGUUCCAGCUGCUGCGCAACAUCGAGCGCAGCGACGCGCGGGUGCCCGAGGCCAUCGCCGCCCAGCUGUCGCCACCCUGUCGCCACCUCAUCCACUGCCUGCUGCGCCGCAACCCUGUGGAACGGCUGUCUUUUGAGGAGUUCUUCAGGCACCCGUUUGUGGCCACCCCGGAAGACAUGGCCGCGCCGCUGCCGUCGCGCGCGCCCUUUGCCAGCGGCGCCGCGGCGGGCGGCGCGGGCGCGGCGGCCGGCUCGCUGGCGGGGCCCGGCAGCGGGCCCGCGCGCCACGCGCUGCCGCCGCACACGCUGCUGUUUGGUACCAGCGCGCCGCCGGCGGCCUCGCCUGCCAUCGCCAAGUCCCGCUCAGCCAACAGUAUCCCGCAGCAGGUGCUGGGCUUCCAGCAGCAGCAGCAGACCGGCGGCGGCGGCGGCGGCAGCCGCGCUGCGGGCGCGCCCGCUGCCAGCUCGCCCGCCGCCGCCGCCGUGCCGCUGGGCGGGCUGUCGCACCAGCUCAAGCCGCGGCACUCUCUGGACCUCGACGGCCCCACCCCCGCCCAGCCACGGCAGCCGCAGCCGCAGCGGCCGCAGCCGGUGCCGGGGCGCCGGCUGGGCAGCAUCCAGCGCGUGCAGGGCUUCCAGCCCGCGCCGCUGCCGGGGCAGCAGCAGCAGCAGCAGCAGCAGACGCCUUUUGGGGCGGCCCCAACGGCGGCAGCGGCGCUGGCGCAGCAGCAGCAGCAGCAGCAGGGCCAGCCCGGCAGCGCAUCGGCAGGACGGCCCGCCAGCGGCCGGCCGGCGUCGCGGGCGCAGCAGGGUGCUGCGGCCGCCGCCGGGGCGGUGCAGCCGCCCCUGGCUGCCGGCUCCCUUCACAGCGAGGAUGAUGACUAUGUGCUGGUAGAUGCGGUGCUGUCAGCCCACACAGCCGCGGCCAGGAGCGCCACGCCCGGCACGCCGCCCGCCUCCCGCAGCGGCUCCGCCCAGGGCAGCCUGUCCCACAGCCGGCACACGCACACCUAUUCCAAGGACAUCUUUGCUGCGCAGCCCGGGGACGCCGCCGCCGCGGCCGCCGCCGCUGCGGCCUCGCCCUCCUGGCUGGGCACCAGCCGCUGGCGCUUCCUGCAGCGCGUUGCCCGCAUCCUGCAGGCGGCGGCGGCGGCGCGGCAGGCGGCCGCGGAGCCCGCCGGCAUGUCGCUGGCGGCGGCGGCGGCGGCGGCCAGCCUGUCGCCCCAAUCCCACCAGCUGCUGCGGGAGUGCCUGUCGCUGCACCUGGCGGCGCUGCAGCUGCUGGAACAUGCCAUGGAGGCGCACGCGGCAGCAGCAGCUGCUGCCGCCGCCGCGGCGGCCACGCCAGGCUUGCCGGCAGCGGGCGAGGAGCGGCGGAGCGGCGAGGCCGCGCGGGACGCGGACGGCGGCGGCGGCGGGGCGGGGGCGGCAGCCGAGGAGGAGGAGGAGGGGCUCGCGGAGGCGGCCGGGCAGCUGGAGCAGGAGGCGCUGGCCGGCAUGGCGGCGGCCGAGGCAGCUGCGGCGGCGCUGGACAAGGCGGGGCGCCAGCCCUCGCCCACCGCCGUCACCCCCGCGGCCGCGGCGCUGGCGGAGGCCGACGCCGCGCUGCCAGACCCCUGGGACCUGCUGUAUGCCGCGGCGCUGGGGUGGGGGCGGGACGCCGCCGUGGACGAGCUGCUGGGCAGCCAGCAGCGCAGCUGCCGCCUGUACGCGCGCGCCGGUACCGUGCUCAGCUUCCUGUGCACCGAGGCGGCGGGGUUGGAGCUGGAGCCGGCCGUGGAGCUGGCGCCAGCGGACCGGGCGCGCCUGCAGAAGUACGCAGCCGCCACCGCCGUGCGCUGGGCCGCCUGCGCCGCGGCCGCGGCCGCCGCCGCCCCCGCCAGCGCGCAGUAG